GGGCCGUCGGGCGGCGCGUGGCGGGGAAGAUGCCUAAAAAGAAGCGGGAGUGGGGGAGCGUCGUCCAUGAGAUUGACGGGCUGGAAGAAAAGCUGUCGCGGUGUCAGAGAGACCUGGAGGAGCUGGACGGCAGGCUGGGGGGGGAGGAGCUGAGCCCCCAAGAAAGGAAGGCCCUCGAGAAGCAGAAGAAGGGGCUGGAGACCCAAGCCUCCAACUACGAGCGGGAACUCCGGCUCCUGCGGCGGGAGAACCGCCGGAACACGCUGCUCUCGGUGGCCGUCUUCCUGCUCCUCGUCCUCGCCUAUACCUGCUGGACCGUGUGAACGUGCUCCCCCGGCCCCGUCCCGACUACCCAGGGGAGAGACCAAGAACUGCCCUUCCCUCAGCGGGAGCCCGGGAUUUCAUCCUGGCUCCGCCGCUCGGCCUCCGCGUCGCCUUCGGCACACCGCUUCAUUUCCCUCUCAUCCGCAAAAUGGGGAUGAAGAGGACGAGCCCCGUAUGGGACGGGGACCGCGUCCGACCCCGUUUGCUUGUAUUCGCUUCGUACAGCGCCCGGCGCAUAGUAAGCACUGCACAGAUACCACCGGGAUUACCCGACGUCGGCUUUCCAUAGGGGGUCCGCGCCGCUGCUGGGAGGGCCACGGGGUGGAAUCCAUCAUCGGUCUUUGGGCCGGGCCCAAAAUGCGGGGAAAAACCGCCAAUAAAAGAGUCCCGGGCCGA